GAGCGAGAGCCCAGAUAUAAAGGCAGGACAGACCGAUCGGCGUGCCAUUUGUUGUUGAGUCUGGUCGUCAGCAGGAAUCGAACGUGCGACUCUAUCCAAUUUACCUCCUUUCGUUGACCUAAAAGAUAAACAGCUGCCAAGAUGUGUGACGAUGAUGCGGGUGCAUUAGUUAUCGACAACGGAUCGGGCAUGUGCAAAGCCGGCUUCGCCGGUGAUGACGCCCCCCGCGCUGUCUUCCCCUCGAUUGUGGGUCGUCCCCGUCACCAGGGUGUGAUGGUGGGCAUGGGUCAGAAGGACUCCUAUGUGGGCGACGAGGCGCAGAGCAAGCGCGGUAUCCUCACGCUGAAGUACCCCAUCGAGCACGGCAUCAUCACGAACUGGGACGACAUGGAGAAGAUCUGGCAUCACACCUUCUACAACGAGCUGCGCGUGGCCCCCGAGGAGCAUCCAGUAUUAUUGACCGAGGCCCCCCUGAACCCCAAGGCCAAUCGCGAGAAGAUGACCCAGAUCAUGUUCGAGACCUUCAACUCGCCGGCCAUGUACGUGGCCAUUCAGGCCGUGCUCUCCCUGUACGCCUCCGGCCGUACCACCGGUAUUGUGCUGGACUCCGGCGAUGGUGUCUCGCACACCGUGCCCAUCUAUGAGGGCUUCGCCCUGCCCCACGCCAUCCUGCGUCUGGAUCUGGCUGGUCGCGAUCUGACCGACUACCUGAUGAAGAUCCUGACGGAGCGCGGCUACAGCUUCACCACCACCGCCGAGCGUGAGAUCGUGCGCGACAUCAAGGAGAAGCUGUGCUACGUGGCCCUGGACUUCGAGCAGGAGAUGGCCACCGCCGCCGCCUCCACCUCGCUGGAGAAAUCGUACGAGCUGCCCGAUGGCCAGGUGAUCACCAUUGGCAACGAGCGCUUCCGCUGCCCCGAGGCCCUGUUCCAGCCCUCGUUCCUGGGCAUGGAGUCGUGCGGCAUCCACGAGACCGUCUACAACUCGAUCAUGAAGUGCGACGUGGACAUCCGCAAGGAUCUGUAUGCCAACUCCGUGCUGUCCGGCGGUACCACCAUGUACCCCGGUAUUGCUGAUCGUAUGCAGAAGGAGAUCACUGCCCUGGCCCCAUCGACCAUCAAGAUCAAGAUCAUCGCGCCACCCGAGAGGAAGUACUCCGUCUGGAUCGGUGGCUCCAUCCUGGCCUCGCUGUCCACCUUCCAGCAGAUGUGGAUCUCGAAGCAGGAGUACGACGAGUCCGGCCCCGGAAUCGUCCACCGCAAAUGCUUUUAAGUCUUUCGCCCGCCGCGAAAGCUCUUCAAAGGCAGCAACCAGCAGCGACCAAAAAGCAUCCAUCGAGCUUCCCAACAACCUCGGCUCGCACAGUGAUAGACAAAAGCAGCGAACACAUCGCA